UUCAUCCCCUGUUGCCGGGUGGAGCUGGCGGUGGGCGUGGUUUCAGGCUCCCUCAGUGUGUGGCGCGUCAGUACGGCGGCUGAUCCCGGGCGGUGAGCUUUUCCUUAAGAUGUCGUCUAAUGCCGCACACACUUCAGGAGCCUCUUCUCCUUCUUCAUCUCUUCUUUCAGCUCACAGUUUCCGCUCACAAUCACUUGUGCGGGAAAUCACCACCGGAUCAUCCGCCAGUGAUGAAGAAAGAGGAGGCACACAGAGUACUGGGGAGGAGCCAGAAUUUAACCCGGAUCCGGACAGUUUUGUAGAAUUCACUUCUGAUGAUGAUGGGAGCGACUUUGAAGAAACAUUGAAGAAAAAACCCCGGAGAUCUGUGAGAUCUACUGUGAAGCAGACCCAGGCCACAAAGCAACAAAAGAGAGAUAGCAGAGUCGACGAGGACCUGUUUGAAGCUCUCAGACUAGGCAGAAGUGCCAUACAAGCACUGGUAGAUGAAUGGCUGGACAGCUACAAGACAGACCGCGAGGCGGCUCUUCUGGGGCUUAUCAACUUCAUUAUCCAGGCUUGUGGGUGUAAAGGCGUGGUGACUAGGGAGAUGAUGGAGACCAUGCAGAACGCUGACAUCAUCAGGAAAAUGACUGAAGACUUUAAUGAAGACUCUGCAGACUAUCCUCUGUCCCUCAGUAGCCGGCCAUGGAAGAAAUUCAGAGUGAAUUUUGGAGAAUUUCUUGGCAUGUUGGUCAGCUGCUGUCAGUACAAUAUCAUCUAUGAUGGGGUUCUUAUGGACAUACUUAUCUCCUUCCUCACCGGACUCUCCGAUUCCCAAGUACGGGCCUUCCGACAUACCAGCACAUUCGCAGCCAUGAAAAUGAUGACAGCCUUGGUGAAAGCAGCGAGGGACCUAAAGCAUCACUUUGACACGAGCCAGCGUCAGUUUAAUGUGGAGCGAUCGAAAAGUCCAGAGAAGAGAUCAGCGGAGAGGCUGGAGACACUUGUUGAAAAGAUGAGAGAGAUGCACUCCAACUUGGAGGACAUUGCUAACAUGAUGAAUUGCUUAUUCAAAGGCGUCUUUGUGCAUCGCUUUCGUGAUACCCAUUCUGACGUCCGAGCCCUCUGUAUUGAAGAACUUGCCACUUGGAUAACCACUUACCCCCAGUCCUUUCUGAAUGACAGCUAUUUGAAGUAUCUGGGGUGGAUGCUGCAUGAUAAGCAGGGACACGUCAGGUUACAGUGUCUGCGAUGUCUUCAUAAACUCUACAGUGUGUCUGAAUGGGUGGGAAAGUUGGAGCUUUUUACCAGCAGGUUUAAGAGCAGGAUGGUGUCUAUGACCCAUGACAAAGAGCAUCAGGUCUCCGCAGAAGCCGUACAACUGAUCGGACUCAUUUACAGAAAUAUGGAAAAUAUUCUGAGCACAGAAGAGUGUGACAGUAUUAACCCUUUAGUGUAUGUAGCCAAUCGAGCCGUAGCCGCUGCAGCAGGGGCGUUUGUUUACCAUAGGUUAUUGGAGGCUAGUGACGACGAGGAAUCUGGGUCCGAGCACAGCGGUCGUCGCAGUUCCAACACAUCCUUCUUCCAUCUGCUCAUUGAUUUCUUCAUUUCCAGUGAGCUACAUGAACACGCUGCCUACCUGGUGGACAGUCUGUGGGACAUUGCUUCAAUUCCAUUAAAAGACUGGGAGUGUCAGACCGAUCUGCUCCUGAUGAAGAAAACGUGCUUAGAUGACCAGGAGGAGAGCGCUCUGAUAAAGAUCUUAGUGUCAUCCAUUAGGCAAGCAGCAGAGGGGACGUCUCCAGCUGGCAGAGUACCUGCAAAGAAGAUUCUGUCUAUGAAGGAUAAGAAGAUUCAGGCAGAGGACAAAUUGAGGCUGAGCCGCCACAUGAUCGUGACAUUACCUCAUCUUCUGGCCAAGUUUUCAGCUGAUGAAGACAAAAUGACCGUGCUCCUAAAGGUUGUCCAGUACCUAGAACUAGAGAUUUACUCAACCGAGAGGCAGGAAAAGAAUUUGGACCUGCUCCUUAUCCAAGUGCAUGAUAUCAUGGAGAAGCACACAGAACCUCUGGUCCUGGAGGCCUGCUCUCGGGCCUUGUACAUUUUAUGUGACCGGGACCUGGCUUUCUCUAAGAGAACAGACAUUAUGCUUAGCCAGCUAGUGGACAAACUCACCGCCCAUUUCCAGAAUGAUCUUCCAGAUAUUUUGCAGGUGGCAGAUCUAGAUGAAGACGAUGUGUAUAAUACAGCAGCCACAAUGAAGAGGCUAUCUGCCCUGUACAGCGCUCAUGAUCUUACCCGAUGGGAAUUGUUUGAGCCCUGUACUCAUAUUCUACAGAAGGCCAUAGACACAUCAGAGGUUCCUGAACAGAUUCUCCUCCCAGUCCUUGUCUGCUGCCACUUCUCCCUGCUAUGGGAACUCUCACACUUCUCCAAGUCUCAGCCAUCAGAGGAGGAGCUGGCUGGUUUAAAGAAGAGGCUUCUAUUGUUCUUCAACAUGUGUCAGAGUCUACUCUCAGAUCUUCAUUGUAACGUGCGAGAACAGGCAUUUAAACUGCUCAGUGACCUCCUGGUGAUUUUCGGCGAUCACAUUGGCUGCGGUGAUCACUCCUAUCUUCAGCCGCUUUCCUAUUCACCAGACCUUACUCUCCAGGCAGAGCUGGCAGGGUUUCUUGUUGAUCAUGUGUUCACAAACUCUGAAGAUGAGGAUAGUGAUGAAGAAAGUCAUAAAAUCAACAGGCUCCAUGAGAGGCGUGUACUUCUGGCAGGAUAUUGCAAGCUGAUCCUGUAUAACACCCUUGAGCUCCGCUUUGCCAGUGAAGUCUUCAAGUACUAUGUAAAGUAUUAUACAGAUUAUGGAGAUAUCAUAAAAGAAACCUUAAGCAGGUCACGGAGAGUGAGCAAAGAAGAAAGCACUAGAACCAUAUUGCUGUGUCUGACCCAGGCAUACACAGGCUUCAGGUUAGAGGACGUCUCUUCUGACCAGCGCUUUUCACACCCUUUCCUUGAAAUCCGUGAUCUUGCAAGACGCUUCUCCCUUCUGCUGGGGCCUGACCAAGUCCGAAAUCGUCAGGACAUUGUCCUACUACACAAAGAGGGUAUAAAGUUCUCUCUGCGGCCUCCCCCUGAUGCUGCGUGGUCUCUGGACAACGUCCUCUUCCUGGAUGUAUUAAGUGAAUUCUCUCCUAAACUUCUUAAGCAAGACAAAGCUGCGCUCUUACAUUACCUUGAGGAGACCUGUCAGCAGUGCAUCCCCCCAGAGCAGGAUGUCACUGUCGAAGGUGAUGAAAUUUGGGCGCCGCUGCAUGCGUAUAAAAAAUCACUGGGUACAGAGGCUGAGCCCAGUCCUACCACACCGGGCACACGCCGGGCAAAGGAGAGGAGACAGGCUCGCUCACCCCAGUUCUCUCCCUUAAAUAAGAAGAGAAGGGUCAGCAGGGAGGAUUUCAGCAGUGUCCUGGGUGAUGAGGAAGAAGGGCAGUCACCUCUAAUGUCUUCUACCGUGCUGCGCAGGAGGAAGGCCACGCCAGCUACGACACAUGACAGAGAAGAAUCCGAUUCUGAUUUUGAUACCAGCCAAUCCUUCACUGUCCGCCGCCCACUGACGCAGAGGACACGAGGAGAAAAUCAAUUUGCCUUGCGCAGCAGUCUACGACGAUUGAGUUUAAGAGAGGAGGAGGAAGAGGCUGAAGAAGAAGAAGAUGAAGAAAUGGUGAUAGAGGACAGGGACAGCAGUGUGCUGUCUUCAGCAGGAGACGAGGAGGGGCCGGAUCUUCUGGAUUCUGCUAUACUGGACAGUGAAGAAUAAUGCAGUGUUCACAUUUGUCUGCAGGGCCUGCGGGUUAUGCCUUUUAUAUGAAUUAAUACGUUUUAUUUUCUAAAAUGCAGGUUUGUUCAUUUUGGAAAUGUGUGCAGGGAUGCAGCACAUUGCGGCUCUGCAGAACAUUGCACAUGAAUUUUCUUUGAAAUGUUUGUUGUAUUUUUUGCACUUUGAUGAAAUUACAGUUAUAGAAAGCUCCUGAGUUAUGUCUCAUUCUUUGAAGACAUAGG